AUUCAUUCAAUCAUUUGUCAAAAAUAUUUUGCAAGACAUCCGUGUGUUCUGUUUUUGUUUGGAUUUGUAAUAUUUUUAUGAUGAAAUAAUGUAAAACAACAACAACUAGCUGUAAGCUAUAAUAAAAUUCGUCAACAUGAAGUGCCUGUUCAUAAUUUUGUUUAUAUUUUGGUCCUCCGGUUGUGGAUCAGUUUUGAACGAAGACAAGGAAAGUACAGAGGUGUCGCAGGCGUUUGAUGACCGCCCCCUGUUGUUUGCCACUUUGGGGGGCGGCAUGGUGGCCGUAGAACCUCUCACUGGCAGUGUUAUUUGGAAACUCAAAGAUGAGCCAGUAGUAAAAGUACCCAAUCAAGAUGCAAAUCUGAUGCCCCAAUUCUUGCCGGACCCCCGCCACGGGUUCCUUUACAUGUACGGUCCUCGAGGAGACCAGCAGAUGCUGAAGAAGCUCCCCUUCACAAUCCCAGAGCUGGUGGCCAACGCUCCGUGUAGGUCCACUGACGGUAUUCUGUAUACGGGGAAGAAGAGUGACACCUGGUUUAUGCUCGACCCUUUGACUGGGUCGAGGGAACAGGUUUCAGGGUUCGACAAAUCCAAGAUAUUCAACACCCAGGGUGAUGACGACAACACAUGCGUGCCGGACAAGAAGCGCGGGGUCUACGUGGCUCGCACCGAGUACAACAUACUCAUGCAUGACUCCAAGAACGAGAACCAGAAGUGGAAUGUCACGUUCUUUGAUUACACUUCGCAUGCUAUGGCUAAGGACAUGCUGAAUGAUUAUGGUAUAAUACAUUUCACGUCAACAUCAAGUGGACGUGUGAUGUCGUUCAACCGUAAGACCGGAGAUCUAGUGUGGGCCCUAAACUUUGAGACGCCGGUGGUGGCGGCGUACUUGUUAGACAGAGAUGGCCUUAUAUCUGUCCCCUUCAACUCUAUAGGCGAUGACACGCUCGACCACAUCAUGGAAGAUGCGUCGACGUUGAGGAACGGUCAGGGAAUCAAGAAUUCCAAUAUUGAAUUGUUCCCUACAUUGUACAUAGGUGAACAUAAUCAUGGCUUGUACGCACUAUCGUCUUUAGUCGACAAAAACACAAUCACCAUAUCAACGGGCCACACAGCGCCGCUUCUACUCGAAGGACCAACCACUGAGACGAAAAAACAAGAGAGCAAAUACGAGCCAAUCACAAAUGUGCAUUACAAACUCAACGACCUCAACCUCCAUGUUUCGGCGCCAUAUUUGCUGCUGGGACAUUAUAAGGUGCCAGAAUUAACCACUGCUUGGCUGCCACAGAUUCCAAACACGAAUGUUCUCAACCUGCGUGAUUCUCAGAAUAAUAACAUAAAACUGAUAAACGGUCAAGUGCAAACAGAUUCGGAGAGAGACAAAGAUGUUGAAAACGAGACCAAUCUUAAAUCCAACUUGAUAUCUGUAUCGGUUCAAACUGAUGACUUAUUCGUCGGGUUUAGUUUCCGACCGAGCAUCUGGUACAAGCAGGGGUACAUCUGGCUUCACCAGCAAGAGAAUAAAGGCCUCAAAGUGGCUCUUAUAGUACUAGUGGGACUGGUCAUUACACUCUUCUGGUACUUGAGAUAUCAGGCUCGAGAAUUCCAACAGUUAUCCCAGGGCGGCUCCCGAGGGUCAAACACAUCUACUUCUUCGCACGGGGAGAUCACAGGUCAGCUGGAAGACAUCGGCGACGGAGUGGUUAAGAUCGGCAGAAUCACCUUCAAUACUGACCAAGUGCUGGGCAAGGGCUGUGAAGGGACCUUUGUUUAUAGAGGAACAUUCGACAAGCGCUCCGUGGCAGUAAAACGACUGCUGCCCGAGUGCUUCACGUUCGCCGACCGCGAGGUGUCGCUGCUGCGCGAGUCGGACGCGCACGCGCAUGUAGUCCGCUACUACUGCACCGAGCGCGACAAGCAGUUCCGCUACAUAGCGCUAGAGUUGUGCUCUGCCACUCUACAAGACUACGUGGAGAAGAAGUUGGACUUUGAGUGCAACAUAGACCCGGUCGAGGUGCUGCGGCAGGCCACCAUGGGCCUCGCGCAUUUACAUUCCAUGGAUAUUGUCCACCGCGACAUAAAGCCACACAACGUGCUCCUAUCAAUGCCGUCGGGCGCCGGUGAGGUGCGGGCCAUGAUCUCGGACUUCGGUCUCUCGAAGAAGCUCAACAUUGGACGAGUCAGCUUCUCCAGGAGGUCGGGGAUCACCGGCACUGACGGCUGGAUCGCGCCGGAGAUGAUCAAUGGGGAGCGAACCACGACAUCAGUGGACAUUUUCUCUCUGGGAUGUGUGUUUUACUAUGUGCUGUCUAAAGGACAACAUCCGUUCGGGGACGUUCUUCGAAGACAAGCUAACAUCCUAACUGGAGAAUAUAAUUUAAGUCAAAUUGAAGCCCUGCUACCAGUGGAAGAGCACCUAACAACCAAGAUGCUGAUCCGCUCCAUGCUGCACCCGCGGCCGCCGCAGCGCCCGCCGUGCGCCGCCGUGCUGAGGCACCCCGUGUUCUGGGGCAAGCAGUGCAUACUCAACUUCUUGCAGGACGUAAGCGACCAAGUCGAGUCAUCUCCCGCCAAUGACUCGCACCCUCUAGAAGUGGGGGCGCCACUAGUGGUGCGCGGUGAUUGGCGCGCGCGGGUGUGCGCGAGGGUCGCGGCUGACCUGCGCGCAAGACGGACCUACAGGGGGAAUAGUGUCAGCCAUCUGCUGAGGGCUAUACGGAAUAAGAAACACCACUUCCGGGAGCUGGAAGCGGAGGUGCGUUCGAGUCUCGGCAAGCUGCCCGACGGCUUCGUGACGUACUGGCUGCGGCGCUUCCCGUUGCUGCUGCCCCACGUGUGGCUGCAGAUGCAGGCCUUCCGCCACGAGGAUAUCUUGCACACCUACUACCCGCCCGCCUUCACCGUGCACCGCGACGACGUGCCCGAGCUCAACGCGCAGCCAGACUACACCGAUAUAGAGGAGAACCAACUCUUCGUGAAAAGCAAAGUGUACGUCGACGAAACAGAUGAACCUAGGUAUAAGAAAAUGGGAUCGCCGCGAAGAAAUAAUGACUGGAGGUCGGAAGACCGUGGUGAUGUGGAGUACAGGUAUAGAAGUGAUGACGUCAGAUUAAGAGAUAGACAAUAUUAUAAAAGGAAAGAGAAGAAAAGAGAUACAGACGUUCCUGUCUGGAGUCUGCCUCCGCAGUGAAUUUAGGUUAGGUUAUAGGUAUGCACAAAGAGAUAUGAGCACAGAUUACGUUUGAAACUAACUGUGGUUUUGAAUUUUAUUUACAUUUAGAUAAUUUUAGAUUUAAGAUUGUAAUGUAUAGAUUUGUAUUUAUUUUGUAUUUAAGUAUACGAGUACCUAUGGAGCGAGUAUUUUGCAAAUCAUUCCACAAUGGAAUUUUAACGAGAGUUGUUUUGUCAUAUUAACAUGAAAAGGACUAAAGUACAAUUUGAUUCCUAACGAUCAUUAUUACGUAUGCGUAUGAGAUAAAUAAAUGAUAGAUCUCGGGUUUUAAAAUUCUCAUGACAUUUACUAUGACGAAAACUACCAACCCAUACUGGGUUAAUUAUUUAUCAAACAUUUAAAAAACCAUGACUGUAAAAAAUAUUACUUGUACUUACUUUGUGGUCGUUUAUUUCGAAAUGAGAAUGCAUGAUAAUAACUAAUGAAUUAUAUUAUUUAUUGUAAUUUAUGAUUAUUGAAAUUUUUUAUGGUCCUGCAGUGGCCAAAAACAACCAUUUUGGUUUUACAUUUAAGUAGGUAUUUAGGUAAUAUUUAUUAGUUUUUUUUUCUGCUGGUGAUAUCCCUCGUCGAGUUUAUUUCCAUGUUUUAGAACCUACCAGGAAUCUAGAAGUUAAUCUAAAAAAACGCCUUAAUCGACCGUUUCUACUGGGUAUUGGCAUGACGAGGAGGAUGGCCACAUGGGUAAAAGUGGGUAAAAGGCUUUCUGACGGAAAAUAUGUAUUUUUUUUCAAUUGUCAGCUCUAGUUCUGGGUAUAUACAGGGUGGCCCAAAGAGUGACGUCCAAAGGAAAAUGUUUGAUUCCUUAGGUC